AUGGUCACAAUACCUCACAAGCUCGUGCCGCGGGCAGACACGUCUUCCUCCUCGCGCGAGGCGCCUUAUAUCGCAUUGAUAAUACCGGCGUCUGUGUUCAUACUCCUGGGAAUAUGCAUCGCCCUCCGCAGCACUGUGAAGCGUCGAGUUGCCAAACAUGGCGAGCGCUCACUCGAACUUUGGCCAUGGAGCUGGCUCAGUGCUUGUGUGGGCGGUACACGACACCCUCGUGCUCACUCGUGGGAGAUCAGCGUCUCGUCGCCUACAGGGCUCCCCCGCGAAAUGCGGCAGAGAGCAGCGCCGCCACCCCCACCAGCGCCUUCGCAACAAAAGCAACCAGGCCAUAAAGAGCGGUCAAGGCCGACCAGAAACAUGUGGGAGACAGUGGGAGCCGAUCACUACCGGCCCAAGGACAAACCCAGCAAUCGUAUCAGCAAGUCCACCAGCAUCUCCAGUACAGUUGCUAGUGACAAUGAUGUUUCUCCACACCAAGGGCCGUCAAAGUCCACGAUCACCAAGCCAGAGCCCGCUAGGAUAAAGGGGGACGCAUCGUCCGAGCGCUCAAGUCGUGGCAGUCUCGACCAGGGCGAUGAUAUCAGCAGUACGCGCACGAAAAAGUAUGGGAGGCAGCUGGCUGGGCCACCGGUGCUGCAACUUCCUGCCGAGUUUGGCCGCUCGGGAAGCAGCUGGGAGAUUGACACUAAGAAACUGUAG